AUGAAGUCUUCACUCGUCAUUCUCUCGGCCGCCUUUGGCCUGGCCGCCGCCGUGCCUCGCCACAACCACCAUGCUCACCACCAGCACCACCAGGAGAUGAAGCGUGAUGAUGCCACCGCAACCGAGAACGUCGACGUCUUCGUCGCUGGACCCACGGUCGUCAUGUACUCGCUCAAUGGCAACAUCAUCUCCGAGAACGAUGUUCUCGAGGGUAUCAAGAACGGCACCCUCGUCUGGGCCAACGGUGCUCCCUCCCUGGCCGACCCCUCGUCCUCGGUCGUUGCUUCUACCUCGUCUGCCGUUGCUGCCGCCAGCACCACCUUCCUCACCUCGACCUCGUCUAGCUAUUCAUCCUCGUCCAGCUCGACCAGCUUCUCGACCAGCACCAGUGUUUCGUCUUCCAAGCAGAGCGCAACCUCGUCUGCCGCCUCUUCCUCCGCAGCUGGUCUUGACACCACCUUCCCCGAUGGUGAGAUUGACUGCUCCGACUUCCCUUCGGACUACGGUGCUGUUUCUCUCAACUACCUCGGCCUCGGUGGCUGGACCGGUAUCCAAUCCCCUGGCUCUGGAAGCUCCCUUCUUGGACUCACCAACAUUGAGACCGUUACCAAGUCAAACUGCGGUGGCACCAACUGCUGCUCCGAGGGCAUGUACUGCUCGUACGCCUGCCCUGCUGGUUACCAAAAGGCCCACUGGCCCACUACCCAGGGCUUGACCGGUCAGUCUGUCGGUGGACUUCUCUGCAAGAACGGCAAGCUCCACAAGACCAACCCCAACUACAAGACCCUUUGUAUCACUGGUUCCUCUGAGGUUACUGUUCUUGUUCGCAACGAGAUGUCCACCAGCGCCGCUGUCUGCCGUACCGACUACCCCGGUACCGAGAGCGAGACUGUUCCCGUCACUGCCAACCCUGGCAGCGUUGCUAACCUGACCUGUCCCGAUGCCACCUACUACGAAUGGACUGGCAAGACCACCUCUGCUCAGUACUACGUCAACCCUGCCGGUGUCUCCGCCGAAGACGGCUGCCAAUGGGGUUCUUCUGCCAACCCUUGGGGCAACUACGCUCCUCUCAACCUUGGUGUCGGCUACUCCAACGGUGCUGCAUGGCUCGCAAUCUUCCAGAACGCUCCUACCACCAACGAAAAGCUCGACUUCACCAUCACCAUUGAGGGUGACAACAUGAACGGUUACUGCAGAUACCAGAAUGGACAGUACUGCAGUGGCAAGAACUACGACUCUUGCAGUUCCUCCUCUGGAUGCACUGUUUCCGUAUCCUCUGGAACUGCUUACUUCGUCUUCUCCAACUAG